GUUGGGUGUGUGUAUAUGGAGAAUUGUUGUCUUGUGUGUGUUGUUAGAUAACUUAUGCCUUUUGGAUUUGUGUACGGAUUAAAAGUACUGUUCUCUCAAGAGAGAAAGAAAAAUACAGGUCGUGUGUGAAUGUGAAAGAGGCGAAGGAAGGAUUUCGACGAAUGCUCUAGUCAGGGAUUCUUGUAGCUAUCGAUUAUGAGGAACUUAGUGAUCUCCAUUGUUGUGAGUGUAUUGUGCCUGAAUCGUGUCUGUCAUGCUGUUACUACUAUUCCCUACCCGCCCACCAUCAUCAAGCAGCCUCCACAUGAACAACUCUUCCAAGUAUCCCUCACGCAGGACGAGCAGGAUAAACCUUUUAUUUUAGAAUGUGAAGCCCGGGGCAACCCGGAACCCGAAUAUCGCUGGACGAAAAAUGGGGAACCGUUUGACUUUUCGGCUGAAAGUGGCCGCAUCAACCAACAACCUCACAAGGGAACUCUGGAAGUAACGACCCCCUACGAUACUGACGAAGGAGUUUAUAUAUGUUAUGCAGAAAACAGUCACGGAGUUUCUGUCUCAAAUGCUGUGCAUCUGAGAAAAUCAGAGCUGAACUCUUUUCUGGAUGAAGAAACCAAAGAAGAGUUUGUGAUUGAGGGAGAACCUUUAUCGCUGGCUUGCAAACCUCCUACUGGAUACCCUAAACCGACUAUAUUCUGGAUUAUUCAAUCUAAUACGGGAGCUUUGCACAGUAUAAACAGCUCCCGUAUAACUGUAGACCCUGAUGGUGGGUUGCACUUCACCAAUGUCACUAUGGAAGAUGCGUUAGAGGAUGCACAGUAUGCUUGCAGUGCCACAUCCAUGUUCCGUAAUGAAUAUAAAUUGGGAAAUAAAAUUAUGUUGCGAGUUGAAGCUGCAGGAAUUCCAGGUCAAAACGAAGUUCCACCUACCAAAUUGUAUGUUUCACCACCAAAUAUUGUUGCUUUGAGAGAUCAGAAAUUGGAACUCAGUUGUAUAUUUGGAGGAACUCCUAUACCUCAAAUUACAUGGUCCAAGAAAGGAGGCAGCUUGCAAAACAGUCGUGUAACAUAUACCAAUUAUGGAAAGACUUUGAAAAUCCGCAGAGCAGAUUUUCAAGAUGAAGGCACCUAUGUUUGCACAGCAAGCAAUGGUGUAGGUGCUCCUAAGACUCAGUCUAUGGCUGUAACGGUGCAAGCUGCUCCUUAUUGGAUCAAUGCUCCAAACAAUACAAACGGAGCUGAAGAUGAAACAGUUUCUUUUGAAUGUGUGGCAGGUGGCAUUCCUGCUCCGGAUGUUGAAUGGUUCAUGAAUGGCAUCCCAAUGAAAGAUGUGAAACCAAAUCCUAGAAGACGACUGGAUAAAAGUGCCAAUGUUCUCAGUAUUGAAGCUCUCAAAAAGUCAGACACAGCUGUAUUCCAGUGCAAUGCCUCAAAUAUCCAUGGAUAUGUUUUCCGUGAUUUCUAUUUAAAUGUAUUAGCCUUGCCACCAACAAUUACAGAGCGCCCAGAGCCCAUUACAAGUGCUGUAGUGUCGUCUAUGGUGACAUUGCGCUGUAGAGUAUUUGGAGCACCCAAUCCCAAAAUCAAAUGGCUCAGAGAAAACCAAGAUUUGAAAGGAGAUAGGUUUCAGGUACAAGAAAAUGGUGAUUUAGAAAUUACUGAUGUACGUCCUCAAGAUGAAGGAGAAUAUACAUGUUAUGCCAGCAAUAAAUUUGGAGACAUACAAGCUUCUGGUCGAUUAGAAGUGAAAAAGAAGACCAAAAUCAAUGUGCCUCCUGAAAACUUUGAAGUGGCUGCCGGAAAAUCAGCCACUUUUCGAUGUGAUGCUGAUGCCGAUCUUAGCCUACAGUUAAAUAUUGUUUGGUUGUUCAAUGGUCAGCUUAUCAACUCUGAUAUGGAUUCUCGCAUGGUACAAGCUUCAGACAAUUCACUCACCAUUACAAAGACUGUAGAAGGAGAUUCGGGUGUUUACACUUGCGUUGCUAAAACAGAAUUGGACCAGGAUGAAGCAGCUGCUACUCUUACUGUUCAAGAUACUCCAAACCCACCUAAGAUUGAAGAUGUACAAUGUGAUGGUUUAACUGCUCUUGUGAGAUGGCAGCCUAUGGGUGAUCGUAGAGCUCCUAUUCUCAGCUACACCAUUCAGUUUAAUACCAGCUUCACUCCUGACAAAUGGGAAGAUGCUUUUGUCAGCAUUCCUGCUGCAGACACUAGCUUUCAGGUGUCCAUGACCCCUUGGGCUAAUUAUACCUUCCGUGUGAUUGCGAGAAACAAAAUUGGUCCUAGUGAACCCAGUGGCCAUUCUAAUGUUUGCGAAACUCCGGAAGAUGUGCCCUAUAAAAAUCCAGAUAAUGUAGUUGGUAAAGGGACAGAGAAAGACAAUCUAGUCAUUUCAUGGACAGCCAUGCCGAUGAUUGAACAUAAUGCUCCAGGUUUCUUCUAUAGGGUGUUCUGGAAGCGAGAAGACAUCCCACAGGCACAAUGGAAAAACACAGACAUUCCCGCAUGGGAACAGAACAGUUUUAUCAUUCCGAGCCAGCCAACUUUUAAGCCUUACCGUAUCAAGGUAGAGGCACAUAAUAGCAGGGGUCAGGCCCAUACUACUGCCACUGAAGUGAUCGGUUAUUCUGGAGAAGAUAUGCCCCUGGAAGCCCCCAAGAAUUUCAAUCGCAUGUAUGUCAAGGAUGCACGCUCAGCCAUGUUUUCUUGGGAUCCUGUGUCGCCUGAAUCUGUAAGGGGGCAUUUCCGGGGAUAUAAAAUUCAGACUUGGACAGUGGAUGAAGGUGAGGAAAGACUCCGAGAACAAGUUGUAAAGGCCAAUGUGACCCAAUCCUUGGUUACCAUAUUCCGACCUUUCUCUCGAAACUUAGUGCGUGUGCUGGCAUUUAAUGAUAUGUAUAAUGGACCUCCAUCGGAUGUCAUUGAGUUCACCACACCAGAAGGAACUCCUGGUCCCGUUGCUUACUUUGACGCCAUUCCCUUGGGAUCAAGUGCUCUGUACCUGAUCUGGAAAAGACCUUUGGAACCAAAUGGUGUGCUUACAGGCUAUAACAUCUAUUACAGAGAAGUAAAAGGCACCGAAUUGGGUGAAAUUAAACCAAGAAAGCCUCAGAUCACAGACCCUCGAGAAACCAGAGCAAAGUUGGCGGGACUCAAACCUAAGACCAAAUAUCGUAUUGACAUCUAUGCAACCACUAGUAAAGGAGAAGGAGAAAAAAUGUAUAUUGAAGUUCAAACAAAUGAUCAAGCACAGCACUCUCCUGAUGAACCAUACUUUGUGUGGUCACACUUACCUGAUGUUGAUGGAAAGGCUGGUGUUCGAGUGACAUGGGUACCUGCAGUAGAAGGUCACCCAGGAAGCCAUUUCUUUGUCCAAUAUAGGAAAAAAGAUGAUCCUGUAUGGGAAAGCACACCACCUGAAGAAAACCAAGAUUCUAUCUUAGUGACAGGUUUGGAGUUGGGGUCUCUGUAUGAGAUGAGAGUGGUUGCUGUGGAUGGUCCUUUCCAGACACCUAGUAAAGUGGAAGAAUUUGAAACAGGAGGGAUGGCUGCUGUUCAGGCACCAGAGUCUGGUGAGAACUUUGCGACUGCAGCCUGGUUCAUUGGAAUGAUGUGUGCCAUUGCACUGCUAUUAUUAUUACUCAUCCUCAUUUGCCUCAUCAAGAGGAACAGAGGAGGCAAAUAUUCUGUGCACGAGAAAGAGGUUGCACAAGGAAGGGAUCUUGAGUAUCCCGAAGAUGGAGGAUUUAAUGAAUACACCAAAGCAGCUACUGCUCCAGAGGCCACACAAGGCAGCAGGACAUCACUGAACAGCAGCGUCAAGGGUCCAGAGAGCGAAACAGACAGUAUGGUAGAAUAUGGUGAAGGAGAGGCCAGCAAAUUCACGGAAGAUGGCUCCUUCAUUGGCCAGUAUGGUGCCAAGAAGAAGAAAGAAGAUUCCACUUCACCAUCAGCCCUGGCCACAUUCGUUUAGGCUGCUCACUCUUCAGUCAGUGAUUUCAUUUACGGUAUCUAAAUAAAAUGCAGAUUUAUUCUCGACAUAAACGGUUAGCGGAUGUGUUCUUUGCUGUGUUUCUGUCAAAAAGUUGGGUUAUCAUGGUGGCAUUGCCGGCGAAAUGUGUUCAUUGUGCUGCUAUAUAAAUGAUAUAAAGUUAUGAUUUUCACUGCUUUUUUUUGAUGGAACAGUGCUGCUCUUUUUUUUUAAAUUUAAUUUGUUUGUAAUUGCAUUGGAUUUGUAUCUUAAAUGCAUGGUAACCCACUGUUGCAAGAAGAGACACUUGAUUUCAUAGGUACACUUGUUGAAAGGUGUUUUAGAUUGUUUUUGCAGACACACAAAUGAGCCGAAGAAAUUAUUUUAUAAAUGCACGCUGCAUUCCUAUACAAGUAAUUACCAAAUGCAAGUGUUAUAAUUUGUGCAUUCUUCAUUGUUUACCUUUGAAAUCGAUUCCCUUAGCCGUGUGAUUGGUCGAGGUCCCAUUCUUUGGUGCAUAACAGCCCAUGUGAUAUGUCGUAUUUCUUUUUCAUCUCCAAAACUAUAUUUUCUUAUAUUCAAGCAAGCUGAGUGUGAAUGCAAGUAUUUUAUAUUAUUCUUACUUUAAUUUAUUUUUCUUUUUGAAAAAUUCUUAUUAACGACCCAAGGAAACUUAUGAAGUUGACUUUUAUAUUUAUUUAUUGUUUCAAAAUUGACAAAAAUGAAUUGUUUUUUUUAAUUAUAUCUUUUAUUUUUAAAGAUCUGUUAAUGUUAUUUAUUAUAAGAAAAUUUAUUUAUCUUUGGAACAUUUUUAAAAAAAUAUAUACAUUAUGAUUCUUAUACGGGUUGUAUAAGAUUGUAUCAAACUUUCUUUAUUUCAACUGCUAUGCAAUGUAAUAAAACUUUAUUCAAUUGUAAAAUAAUAUAGAGUUCCUAAUAUUAAAAUUUGCCUCUAUCAAUUUAUCAAAUUAAUUUGUUCUAAAUUAUAAUAAAAGAAUUGUGUGUGAUAUUUUAUUUUAAAUAGGCUGUAUAAAGAGUAUUCAGCCUGUUAUGUCAAACAGUAUUAAUAGCUGAAACUGUUUGAAAUAAAGAGUUAGCAUUUAUUCAGGCUUGAAAUUUUAAAAAAAUUCAUACAUUUGUUAAUGCCUGCCUUCUGUCUUUAAUCUCUGCCAUAUGUGAUUAUCAUAUUUUAUAUAUUUUUUAAGAAUAUUAAUUUUAAAUUAAUAUAUGUAAGUCAAAUUUGUACAAGCAUUUAAUACUAAUGCAAGUGAUUUUUUAAAUUAAUAAUUUUAUGCUAUCUUUAGUUAAAAAUGGCUGUUAUCAAGAUUUUCCUUUAAUUUAUGUAAAAUUCUUUCUUUUUGUGUAUAUUUGUAAAGUGAUCUUGAAGUAGUAACUGAGAUUUCAUUCACCAAAAGUCAUUUGCAGAAAGUUGAGACUGUCAUUGGCUUGACUUUGCAUAUAAUUCUUAAUUCUUACCAUGUUGUUGUUCUUUACGAAGGAAAAAAAGCUUGCAGUAGUUUAUAGUGCUUUUCAGGUAUAAAUACUUUUAACUUUAUAUAUUCUAUAUAAAAUAUUAAUCAUAAUUGUAUCAAAUAUCUAUUUAUAAUUCUGUAUCUGUGUAUGAUGAGUAAGUUUUGUAACAAAAAAAAAAGGAAAAAGAAAGCUGUACAAAGUUUAAUUCUGUUAAUGUAGAAGUUCUGGAACACUCAUUCCAUUCUUGUUCAUGGAAAGCCUUAUGUAGUUGCUAUGACUGAGUAGAGGAAUGCUUGUGUUUUAGCUACACUCUUGCUUACAAAAUAUCAUUCCCCUGUAAACAAAACCACAAUCACUUUUUUAAAGUGUUACUUUAAUUAUCCGCUUGUGGAAUUAAUUAAAAUUUUCAUUGCAAUUGAAGUAUUUUUUUUUAAUUCAGUAUAGUGUUUAAAUAUGUUAUUUAUUUUUUUAAUGUAACCUCCUUAGAAAUGAAAUGAAACUAAAUUUCUAAAUUAUAUAAUAUCAAUAGCAACUUAAAUGAAAGGAUUUAAAUAAAAUUACAAUUUUAGUACUUUCUACUAUUUGGAAUGAGGAAAAGUCCCAGUCUCCUCAAAAAUUUAUUACAAAAUUUCAAAAUAUAAUGAAAAAAGAUAUCUAUAAAUAAUCAUUCAAAGCCUAAGUAUGUCAUCAAAAUAAUAAUGUCUUAAUUUGGAAUUGGUAUAUGGUUCUCAUUAUCCUAUUUGAAAAUUGUUUCAUCAUUAAACAAUAAUAAUAUUCUUAUUAUUAAAAUAAAAUAAAAAAAAACAUUUGGCCAUAAUUGGUUCACAUCUUGAAAAAGAAUCAGCCCUUUUUCUUAAAGUUAAAAAUAUGUUGCUUUUUCUUCCUAGAAUAAAAGUGUACUGGGAAAUUACUUUAGUUUAUAACAUUCCAUACAAUUUUGUGUUACAAGUCGUAUGUUUGCUUUCUUUUACACAGGGGACCAAAUAUUUUCUCCCCCUUUCCCCUCUCAACACACACUCAAUAUCUUAGUUUGCUCACUCAUAUUUUUCUCUUCUUAAAAGUUUGCCAUUAUUUGUCAGAAAUGUGGGAAGCUUCCGAUGUUUUUCUCAAUCUUUUUGUUCUGGUUCCCCUUGGGAGGUUCAGUGUCCAGUGAAAGGGCCUCUUUCAUGAUUAUUUUUAUAUCAUUUGUAUAUAUUUUGCAUUCUGUGUAUUUUAUGUUGUGUUUCUCAAUACUGUGUGCUCCAUAAUUUAUUUUUGUAGUAAAUUAUAUGUAGAUGGCUUGCAGGUUAUUUUUAAAGCAAAGCAUUUAUAAAUAUUCCUUGUUAAACACAUUGAUUCUUGUACAUAAAUAUACAUAUGCCAUAUUUUAUUCUUUUUCUUCCCUCUUCUGCUUAUUUAGAGAAUUAUUUUACAUGCACACAGAGAAAAUUAAAUUCUCUCCGAGUGAAAUAUAUUUGUUUUUCUCAUUAAAAAGUUGACAUUUUGACCAAUAGUAAAAGAGGAAUAUUGUAAUAAAACUGUAAGAUUUAUAUAAUAGCAGGCAAAUAAUUUAUGCUUCUCCAAUCAUUAAAAUGAUGUUUUGAUUUUUAAAUUGCUUUGUACAUACAAUAGUUAGCUAAUGGCAAUUGCUAAGCUAUGCAACUGCAGAAUUUUUUUUCCUAUAUAUUAUUAAAAAUUAUAGAUAUUUGUUUACACCUUUUAUUAUGUUUAGUAACUUAUUGUGACUGUAGGGCUUCCAGAUAUUCCUCUACUGCCUAAAAUUACUUUGAAUUACUUUUAAUCAAUUUAGUAAUUUAAGACAUUUUAUUAAAAACAAAGACAUUUCACUCAGAGUCAUCUCUGUGUACUAUUCGAAUCUCAUUGAAAAGGAUGUGUUAUUUUUAUGAGUUAUUUUUCAUUUUGAAAUUUACUUAAUGUAUUCAUUGUUGCUGGCAGCUAAAUUGAUAAUUUAAAACGAAAGCCUUUCCUCGUGUAGCUUACAGGGUAGAAAACCCCUUUUAUAUUAUUGUUGUUAUGGAUUAUUUUAUUUUAUUUGCAUUGCCUAAGUUGUGACUGGUGUUUUUUGCCUUUUUUUUUAUUAUUAUUAUUUUUGUGCAUCUGUAGUUAAUGAUCUGAGAUUAUUUUAUUUACCUUCCACAUCUCAUGUGAUUGUGAUUCUCAACAGACAAGUACAUUUGGAAAAAAUUGUACAUUUUCAUGGAUUGUACUUAAUAAUUUGAUUUAUUCAUACAAUUUGCAACACACUGUUUGAUUCAAGUGUUUGUAACUGAUGUACUACAUUUUAUUUAAAACAAAAUCAUUAAUGCUGAUACACUGUAAUAAUGUUUUAAAAUAUCAGAUGUAAACAGUUACUAUAAAUGUUAGGGUGUAAACAGUUAAUAAAAGAGAAAAAAUUCACUCAAAAAAUGUAGAUUAUGUUUUUGAAAUUUUAAUUUAAUUUUUUAUUUUAAGUUUAAUGUGAAAUUUUGGCAAAUAGGAAAUGGAAUGAAGUGUUGUAUACAUCAUCUCAUUCUGGGUGAAAAUUAUGUAAUCUCUGACUAUUAAUGCAUUGUAAAACUUAAAACCAAAGAAACUUUGAAUUUUUAAAUCAAAUUUUAUAUAUAUGAUAUACGACGACAAAGGAAAAUAGUCUGCUUUUUAUGAUAUUCUGAAAGUAUCUGUUAACUCAAGUAAGAAGAAAUAGAAUUUUUAAAAAUGGACACAAAGUUUAGAAAAUUUAUAUACAUUGUAAUAAAUCUGUAUGCUAUGUUCUUUUAUUGUAUUAAUUUUUUUUUAUAUAAUUAGAGUACUCCAUGAAAAUGUAUCUUUUAAGAGUGUAAGCAUUGUACAUAAUUUUUGUUCAUAAUUGCAUAAAUUUUCAAAAUCUAUGAUAUUUUUUACUCUCUGUUCUGUGUAGUAUAGUUUUGGACAACUUUUUUUCUUUCUCUUAGUGCUAGAAGUCUGAAAACGUCCAUUUGCUUCUAACUUUCAAUAUAUCAUUUAUUUGUUUCCUCUUUAUAAUUUAUUUCAUCGAUUAUGACUGAAUCCAUAGAAUAGAUUUUUUUUUUCAAAUCUGUAAUUUGUAGGAAGAGAUUAACAAAUGUACCAAAAUUUUCCCUGUACUAUGUAUGAGAUUUAUUUCUUUAUAUUUUCUUCAUUCAAUUUUUGUUUCCCAUUUUUUUUAUUUCUGUUGUGUCUAUGUUGUGCACAAAAUUUGUGUAAUAUUGCAUUGUUUUGAAAU